ACAUCGGACUGGCAAGUGGAACAGAGGAUGGAGCUAUAAGGAUGUGGGAUUUGAGGACAGGGCAGGCUCAUCGCACCUUACUUGGUCACACAGGUCCUAUAACGUGCCUUCAGUUUGACGAUUUGCACAUCGUUAGCGGAAGCAUUGACAAAAGUAUAAAGAUCUGGGAUUUAAGAACAGGAUCGGUAAUAGACACGUUCUCAUAUGAUCACAGCGUCACGAGCUUACAGUUUGAUUCCCACAAGAUAAUUUGUAGUGCUGGAAGCAACGAUAUCAAGAUAUACAACCGAACUUCCUUCCAACAUUCAAACUUCGAAGGGCAUAGUCGCCCUGUACAGUGUGCAAAGUACAAAGAUUCGAUUUUGUCUUCAGGAGGUCUAGAUAAUCUUGUGAAGAUAUGGGCUUUAUAA